AUGCCUCAGCCUGGACCUAAGAAAGGCGCUGGAAAGCAACCCAGCGAGCCCGCUAUCGGCGGCAAGAAACUUGGAUUCCCAAACGAGAUCACCAACCAGAUCGUCGUGUCUCUCGUUACGUCCCUGUCGCCCGACACCUUGACCUUGAAGAGAGGCUUUGGAGUCUGCCACACGUUCGACCGGAGAAAUCAGAGGAUGGUCCCAACCGACCUCUACCGGAUUACGGUCAAGUUCCCCCGCGGCCAGUUCAGCCGCUCAUCCGCGGAUAUGACAGUCAGGAACUACCUCCCUUCUGCCGUUCAGGCUAGCAAGAACCUCACUAUCCUGAUUGUUGAUGUCCACGCCGACGCGGAGGUGACUGUCGAGGGGUUUGGCAUGCCGUUCACCAAUCCGGGCCACCCUAGCGAGGGGUGGAUCAACAAAGACGAGGCCAUCAUCGACAAAGUUACCCUGUUGGAUAUCUUGCAGCAGCGGCAUUUUGCUUUUGUGGUUGGCUUAACGGCUGACAGCGUCGAUUUUGCAUGGGACCCCAUGGCGCUUGGCGACCCGUUCUCCUAUCCCUAUGGGACCGAGCAUUCCUGGGACAUGGCGCGAUACAAGACCAUGCUGUUGAAAACUAAGGGCCACCAAUUUGCACCUGCUUCUCGUUUUAUCAAUGACAACGAGCAUGUUGCCUGCCUGACGCAGUCUGUCGUCCAAGAUACCUUCUGGUUGGAACAGGACGCCGAGACAAUCCGUAACAGGAACUUCUCCGCAUAUUUUGUUACGACGGGCCACGGCGCCGUGGACCAGAUGUCCACUUUCUACACCAUCGUGUCUCUGAAUCCGACAUUCUAUUCGGAGUUCGAAAUCUCCUGGCGCCGCCUAAGCAAGUGUGACUCGCUCUUCCUCCGCCUCUUCAAGGAUAAAGAGGACCCGUCGCCGGUAAAUUGGCAGGCUAAGCUCGUGGACAAUCCGAAGGACUUCGACGCGGGACUCCACGAGGCUGAACGCAAAGUCAAGGCCACCUGCCUGCUUCUGCCUGGCGCAGAGCCGUUCAACCCUGUCGGCUGCCGUGACCGACAGGAUGCUGCUCUCACCCCGGUCGACCUUCGCGCGGACGUCGAACACAUGAUGCGGCUCCAGCGUGACCUGAUGAGAGGCACGGGCUUCUGGCCGAGCUGCAGACCCCACCGUGAGGCCGUCAUCGAGAUCACUACCGCCCUUAACGCUGUCAAUAUCGACGACGGCGGCGAGCAGGUGAAAGAAGUCCGCAAGACGAGACCAAUUCCUUCAGUCAGUCUCUUUGACACCAAAAACGCGGCCUAUCUCGAAUCCCUAUUGGAGGAGGCCCUCGUGGAUGACCGCGCCCGGUUCAAGGCGUAUAUGAGCGAGAGACCACUUGGGGUUGGGCUCAUCACAGUGCCUGCCGGAACUAAUCUGACUCCACUGCAACUAUGGCAAGACGACCGCCAUCCGGCCGGCGUCGUCGGCAUGAUGGCCAACCCAAGGAUCGGCAAGGUCUUCGGAUCGGCACCCAGCCACGGCGCCGUCGACAACUUCGCCGCGCGCGUCGCUGAGGUCGAUGCACGGGUCACAAGUCGUUAUAACGAGACUAUGCAGCAGGUCGACCCCACCCACGUCCCUCUCCAUCGCCGCCUCAUUGUCCGGGGAUACAGGAUCGAGCACGAGAUCGCGGCUUUCAAGCACUUACUCCAGUUCCCUGACAACCCCAACAACGCGGCCCCUCAUGGACGGUGGAAGAAGUCGCAUUGGAAGCUGCCCUUCUCGCCUACGUUCUGGCUGUUGGUCGUGCUCCGCCACAAGGGUAUCGAGACCAGUCUCGGUCCAGGCGACAAGCCAUCCCUCCUUUCGCUGCGUGAAAAGAUAGACAACGCUGAGGAGUUGGCUCCCCUCUGUGACGUUGCCACAGGCAAGAUUGACUGGGCAGAGUACGUGAGCACCAAGGGCGUGCACGACAACAAGAUCCGCGCGCUGCUAGAAGACAUUGUUGCUGAAGCGGAUGGGCUCUUCACUGUCCCGGCCGCCGUUAGCCAAGAGGACCAGCCAUACUUUCGCUGGCACAGAGAGACCGCGCAGGGAAUUGCCAUCGACGAGGCUGGAAAUAUGGGGCGUCCGGAUGCUUAUGCGUCAGUCCUAGGGUUCUUAAAGGAAAGCGGCUUUCCAGUCUACCGGCUCCGGACCCAGCUUCGCAUGGCGAAGGGUCAGUUUGACAUGAUCCACCGCCUCAUCUACAGCAAUCUCCCACUGAGAUACGGUCCGGAGUGCGAUAUUAGUCGCCACCACCAUGCAAAUGGGGUUAGACUGGAGGCGUACCUGACCGAGAGGUACCCCAGCCUGAAGCCGUCUCCGCCUGAUACCCUCGCACCAGUCUUCGUCAACUGCAAAGGUACAUAUACCCUUGUUGACCCUGUCACCCGGUCCAAGAAGAACCCCGAUCAAGCCCGCCUGGCCCUAGACUUCAUCAGCGACUUCGUCGAGAAGUCGGGCGUGGACCCCAGCAAAGUCGUCGUGUCCAUCUCACCGUACAAGAUGAACGUCGAAUGCAUCAAUACCAUGGUUCGGAAAGAAUACCCGAUCCUGCACACGAUGCAGCUGGCGGCCACUGUCGACUCUUUCCAGGGACGGGAGGGCCAGAUCGCUGUGGUGGUCAUGGGCACCACCCAGAAAUCGGGGCCCGGGUUUACGACAGACAAUGAGCGGCUCACCGUGAUGAUGACUCGGCAGCGAAGUUCACUUCUGGUGUUCGGCGACCUCGACGUCACCGGGAAGAUAGAGGGGAAGGAUGCGGCUAAGCUGGAGAAGGAGGCUAAUAAGCGCAUCCAAGUCGUGGAUGAUGAGGGGCAGGUCCACUUUGCUAAGGCGGUUUUGCUGCGCAGCAUCAUGGCCCAUUAUGUCAAGAUGGGGCGAGUCAUCAAACUUGAAGCCCCGAAAAAGGUCACCGCAGCGGCUGCCAGUGGACCAGGCCAGUAA